CUGAGGUGUAGCCUAUGUUAGUGUAUGUAGGAGCCGAGUGUCAGCCGUGUUGAGGUGUAGCCUGUUAGUGUGUGGAGGAGCUGCCUGACUGUUGCUUGCUACGGUCAACCUUCACACCAGGACCAUUAACAUUUAACUCAAAGAUCAGUUUUCUGCAAAAUUGUUUUGAAUAAUAAACGUGUAAGCAAGAUCAAAUGGCUAAACGUCACAAUCAGUGGUGAUAAUAAUGGUUGAACUUAUAGUCUCGUCAGAACUAUCAAUACAUAAAGAAUUUCCGAGAAUUUUAUAUAGACAUACAUAAAACAGCGCACAAAAGAAUAUAUUGAUAUUCAAUUCUCCAUCUGUCUUCACAUAUUUUCAGUAGGCUUGGAAAAGUUAAUUAUGAUGAAGUCAUUGAUACUGGUGAUGUUGUGGUGUGCUCACCAGGCGGCUGGUGCCGCCGUUAUGGUCGCUGUUUACCUGGAAACUUUCCAGAGUGGUGUGUGGAAGGUGCCAGAGGACACACUCCACAAUCUUACACUGUCUCUCGGCUUCAACGCCAGUGAAGUUAUCUGUGAUCAUGGAAGUGACCUGAAGGAGGCGCAGCUGGUGGUGACGGUGAUGCCUGACGAAGAAUGGAAGCUGGACUUUGUCGAUACCAAAGCCAACUUCACUGCGGAGGAAGUGUGUGAAGGAGUCAACAAGAGCCUCACUUUCUCUGGUUACUACUGGGGAGUCACCAGACUGACCUUCCUCCUCACUCACAACGACCUCGACCCUUACUUCACUAACUCCACUUUACUAAGAGAUGACCUUAUGAUCCUGGUGGACCGCAAGGCUCACGCGCUGGACCUUAUCUUCAUCAUCUUCGCCUCAGUCUUCAUGCUCUUCAACAACAUCAACAUGGGCGCCCAGCUGGACUUGCAGAUUAUCAAGGAUGUUCUUCGUCGGCCUCUGGGUCCAGUUUGUGGCUUCAUAUCUCAGUUUGCUUUUAUGCCUCUGGUCACGUUCAUAAUGGGCCGAAUUUUCUUCGAUGAUCCGCUACAUCGCCUGGGAAUCUUCACACUGGGCUGCAGCCCCGGUGGUGUGAUGUCCAACUUCUGGACUCUUAUGUUCAACGGUGACAUCAACCUCUCCAUCACCAUGACAGCCGUCUCCACCAUUGCUGCCAUGGGGAUGAUGCCACUAUGGAUGUACACCCUGGGAGGGAAGCUGCUGGAGGAGAACGCUAAUCUUAAGAUUCCCUAUGGUAACCUGGCAGGAUCGCUCAUCAGCCUCACAUUGCCCGUCGCUGUCGGCAUCUUCAUAAGGUACAAGCGACCCAGUUGGGCAGAGAAGGGAGCACGCAUCAUCAAACCCUUCACCUUCAUCGUUAUAUUAUUCUUCAUGGUCCUGGGCACCUUGAACUCGUACAAGGUGUUUACCAUGAUGACCUGGCAGAUGGUGGUGGCAGGAUCCCUAGUUGCUCUCUGCGGCUACAGCUUCGGUGCCAUCUUCGCUAAGCUCUGGUGCCUCUCCACCGACAAGGUCAUCGCUAUCAGCAUCGAGACAGCUCUCCAGAACCCCGGAGUCGCCUUCAUCCUUCUCAAGCUCUCUCUUCCCAGCCCAGACAGUGACCUUGCAGCACUACCAGCCAUGGCUACCAUGAUGAUGACAGGCCCACCAAUAAUUCUUGUUUACAUAGUAUAUGCCCUGCUCCACCGCUUCUGUGGUUGCUGCCCCGUCACUCCUGAGGUCCAGACAGUGACCCUCCCUCAGGAGACACUCAGUGACACUCCGCAGGAAAUCGUUAAACUACUUCCCGAUGCCGCUGAUGGACUUGCCACACCAGUCAUCAAACAAAAGGAGAAAGAUCCCUACGCCAUCAUUUUGCUAGGAAUGACUAAGAAGAAACUAAUGGAAACCGAUGGUAAUUACUAUGUGACCGUAACAGAAAGUUGAGUGGAUUGUUCUGUUGUGGAUAGUUGCGAACCAUCUUUGUCAGUGUUUGUGAGUUCAUUACCUUUGUACCUUGUUCAGCUAUCAAAACUUUGGGGCCCAGUCCCUGGACCCAUUAUGUACCUCUGUAAUCUGUAAAUACCUUUGUAACUUAGUCAUGAUUGUGACCAGAUCUACCCGACUUAUUACCUUUGUAACUUGUUCAGCUUUCAAAACUUCGGGGUCCAGUCCCUAGACCAUUAUGUACCUCUGUAAUCUUUUGACUACCACCCACAAGAUGGGUAUGAGAUGCAUAAUAAACAUUAAACUAACUCAGUGCUGGAAAAUGUGACUGAAAUCAAGCCACUGUAUAACUAGUGUAUUAAUAUUACAAUGUGUAGUGUGCGCCAUAACCUGGACUACACGUACAACGAACAUGUGUAAAUUAUAGUAUAAUUAAUAUAUAAAUAGUGUAACUACAUGUCAUUAGCAAAUAAAACAAAUGAUAAACUCUA